AUGGUCAGGUCCAAUGGCUUCAGAGUCGUCCACUUGCUCGCUCGCCGCCGUCUCUCUUCCCACCUCCUCCCUGAUUCCCCAAUCGUGUAUGAGUCGUUUUUGAAAGGGUGUUAUCGGAGGUUCGGUUCGGCAAUUUGUGACAAACCCAGGAAUUUUUUAAGCCCCAAUUCAAGAAAUGUAGUUAAUGAGAGGAACUGGUUGAGAGUGGGAUUAAUCAAUGUCAAUUUGGGCGCCACUAGAUCAAUUCAUGGCACUGGUUUCAUGGCAAGAGAUUAUUAUGAUGUACUUGGUGUAAAUAGGAAUGCAACUCCAUCUGAAAUUAAGAAAGCUUAUUACGGGCUUGCAAAGAAGUUACAUCCGGAUACAAACAAAUAUGACCCUGAAGCUGAAACCAAAUUUCAAGAAGUUCAAAAAGCAUAUGAGGUACUGAAAGAUGAGGAGAAACGCCAACAAUAUGACCAGCUUGGCCAUGAAAGUUUCGAACAAGCUGCCAAUGGUGGUGCUGGCGGUCCAGGGUUUAAUCCAUUUGAAGGUGGCUUUAAUCCGUUUGAAGACAUCUUCAGAAAUUCUGAUAAUAUCUUCAGUUCAUUCUUUAAUAGGGGUUUGGGUGGCCAAGAUGUCAAGAUUGCAAUUGAAUUAUCCUUUAUGGAAGCUGUUCAAGGAUGCACCAAAACUCUGACAUUCCAAACUGAUUUGCCUUGUGAAGCUUGUGGUGGAACUGGUGUUCCUCCAGGGACUAGGCCCGAAACUUGUAGGCGCUGUAGAGGCUCAGGAAUGAUAAUUACGCAAACUGGCCCGAUGACAUUGCAAACCACUUGUCCUCAGUGUGGAGGAACUGGAAAAACCGUAUCGGGCUUGAGAUUGGGGGCGAUAAAGAUGGCGAGAAGCAAAGAAAGGAGGGGUGGGGAGAACAAAGCCAUUUACAAUGAUUAUAGAGAGGGAGAAGAAAACUUAAUGGAGGCUAAGAAUUGGGAUGAAGGCUGAUCAACCUCAAGAUUGAGGUUGAGAUCGAGACUGUGAGCUGGUGAGAGAUGUCUUCGUCGGGGAGAGAGAGAGAGCGAGACUGUGCGUCUUUGCCUGGGAAAGUGAGAGAUGACUUCCUCCACAACAAGACUAUGAGAAUGUGUUUCGCCCUAAAGAGAUAGAGAGAGACUCUUAAUGGUCGAACUGGUGGAGGCAGACAAAAGACUUAAGGUUACGACAUGGAGAUAGGAUGGGCCGGUGUAGGUUUCUAAUUAUUAAACUGGAAUAAUUAUUAUUAUAUCAAUCUAAUUUCAACGGUUAAAUGGGUGAUAAAAAGGUUG